AUGCUCUCUAGCCAGCCAGUACUAAUUUUUAUUUCCCCGUGUCUUCUACUCAGAGGAGCUUUUUCGGAAGUUUUCCUGGUGAAGCAAAGGGUGACUGGGAAGCUCUUCGCCCUGAAGUGCAUCAAGAAGUCACCGGCAUUCCGGGACAGCAGCCUCGAGAAUGAGAUCGCUGUGCUGAAAAAGAUCAAGCAUGAAAACAUCGUGACCCUAGAGGACAUCUAUGAGAGCGCCACUCACUACUACCUGGUCAUGCAGCUUGUUUCCGGUGGGGAGCUCUUUGACCGGAUCCUGGAGCGGGGUGUCUACACAGAGAAGGACGCCAGCCUGGUGAUCCAGCAGGUCUUGUCAGCUGUGAAAUACCUCCACGAGAAUGGAAUCGUCCACAGAGACUUAAAGCCUGAAAACCUGCUGUACCUCACCCCUGAAGAGAAUUCCAAGAUCAUGAUCACAGACUUUGGUCUGUCCAAGAUGGAACAGAGUGGCGUCAUGUCCACUGCCUGUGGGACCCCAGGCUAUGUUGCUCCGGAAGUGUUGGCCCAGAAACCCUACAGCAAAGCUGUGGAUUGCUGGUCCAUUGGCGUCAUCACUUACAUAUUGUUGUGUGGGUAUCCUCCGUUCUACGAAGAAACUGAGUCUAAGCUUUUUGAGAAGAUCAAAGAGGGCUACUAUGAGUUUGAGUCUCCAUUCUGGGAUGACAUUUCUGAGUCAGCCAAGGACUUUAUUUGCCACUUGCUGGAGAAAGACCCGAGUGAGCGGUACACCUGUGAGAAGGCCCUGAGGCACCCCUGGAUUAACGGGAACACAGCCCUCCACCGGGACAUCUACCCCUCAGUCAGCCUUCAGAUCCAGAAGAACUUUGCCAAGAGCAAGUGGAGGCAAGCCUUCAACGCAGCCACCGUGGUGCACCACAUGAGGAAGCUGCACAUGAACCUGCACAGUCCCGGCGUCCGCCCCGAGAUGGAGAACAGGCCUCCCGUCACGAAAGCCUCAGAAGCUUCGAGACCCAGCUCCCCUGAGAUCACCAUUAUCGAAGCCCCCGCCCUGGACCAGAGCGUGGCCCUCCCUGCCCUGACCCGGCUGCCCUGCCAGCAUAGCCUCCGGCCCACAGCUCCUGGUGGCAGGUCCCUCAACUGCCUGAUCAACGGCUCCCUCCGCAUCAGCAGCAGCCUGGUGCCCAUGCAGCACGGGCCCCUGGCGGUGGGGCCCUGUGGCUGCUGCGCCAGCUGCUUGAGCAUCGGGAGCAAAGGGAAGUCCUCCUACUGCUCUGAGCCCUCACUCUUCAAAAAGGCCAACAAAAAGAACUUCAAGUCCGAGGUCCUGGUGCCCGUCAAAGCCAGUGGCAGCUCCCACUGCCGGGCGGGGCAGACUGGAGUCUGUCACAUUAUGUGAUCCCGGUGUCACUGCAGCUUUCAGGAGAGAUGGCCAACUCUUCUCUGCCCUUCCGAACCUGGGUCUACUCUGCAGCAGGAGGAGGGGAGCAAGCGGGGCAAGGCGUGGCAGGAGCAAUUUCUGGUCAGAAGCAGCCAACUGCUUCCGCCUGGGGCAGCCCCUCACCGCAGGCCCAGGCGUGAGCCUCCAGCAACAAGGCCUCUGAAGCUGUGGGCAGGAGGAACGGCACCCGCCGGCUUCCAGGUCUCCCUGGCCUGCUGCUCUGUGCCCCGCUCCCCACGUGCCGUGGCUCUGUGCAGUGUGCGUAGGUAGCUCUUGCCCAGGUCUGUGUUGUUUGUCUUGAAAAGCUUAACAGGUUGGCCAGGCUGUGUCACCCUCAGAGCAAAGCCAUAAGGAGCAUCUACCCAGACUCCCCACACAGCACUCACUCGCUCCUGCCUCUCAGGCCUCCAUCCCUGUGGCCAGGAUGGGCUCACCAGUGUAGUCGCCUGCCCAUCCCAUCCGCAUGAAUGACGGGCAGCUGGGCGGUCUGCCUGUGCGCUCUCCAGGGAAUUUCUAACUCCAGGAUUGGCUCCUCACUGUGCCGAGACCCCCAGCCUACCCCAGCCCACUUCUGAGCCAGCUCCCUCCCCGCCCCAGUCCAAAGGCAAUGCCACACCCUCCAAGAUGAUACAGGAAGAAAACCAUGACUAAGUACUGUAAGGAGUAAUAUCCUGGCCAGAUGCCCUCCGCACACACCCAAUUAAGUAAAAACUGGAAGUUGACUGUUUUCAUUGCAGCCAGUAAGUCUAACUCUGCCUCUGCUCCCUUCUCUCUCCCUGAGAGUCAGGCGUUCUUAUCGCUCCCCACUUUUCUUGCCAUCCGACCCCCUUUCGGCUUCAUGCUCAGUGUUGUGCUCAAUAAAAUGGACAUAUUUUUCUCUA